AUGUCCUUAUUAAUACCAGAUAUAAGAGAUCAUCAUGAUGCUCAUGGAGAUCUUGAGGAAGAUGAGAAAUAUCAUACUCUUCUUUCAACUCUAAAACAACAAAAUCCACAAGAUUUCUUAUGGGAAUUUGAAUCAAUUCCAGGAUUUUUCAAACAAACUUCAUUAGAUACUAAAGAUAUGGAAUUCAGAUAUACUCAAGAAUCAUUUGGGAUCUUACAAGAUUGGCAACAAAUCAUACAAUCUCUCAACCAUUUAAACAACACCUCGGAAGAUCAUAUUCAAUAUAAAUUAUUCUUUUUGGCAAGACAUGGUCAAGGUUGGCAUAAUUUAGUUACCAAAAGAUAUCUGAAACAAGAAUGGUUUAGUAAAUGGAGAUUCUUAGGCACUGAUGGAGAACUUACAUGGGGUCCAGAUGCAGAUUUAACUGAAGUAGGGAUCAAUCAAGCUAAAGAGAAUCAUUUAGCUUGGUGUAAGGAAUUAAACAAUGGUGCACCAUAUCCAACGAAAUUCUAUGUUUCUCCAUUACAAAGAUCAAUAAAGACCCAUAAUAUAACUUGGCCAAAUACCGAACCUAUCAUAUUUGAGAAUGUGAGAGAAACACUUGGAUUACAUUUAUGUCAUAAACGAUCAACCAAAACUGAAAUUGCUACCAAGUUCCCCAAUGUGAGAUUUAUGGAUGGAUUUCCUGAAGAAGAUGAAUUGUUUGAAAAAGAAUUUGCUGAAAAGAGAGAAUGUUUACAUGAACAAUUUGUCAGGAUGAAUCGAGUUUUACAACAUAUAUUUGAUAAUGAUGAAGAUCAUGAUGCGAUUUCAAUUACUUCUCAUGCUGGAACUAUUAGAGCGUUUAUUACUGUUCUUGGACAUAGAAAAUUUACUAUACCUACUGGAGGAAUGAUACCAAUUGUAGUUAAGGGAACAAAACGAAACAUAAGACAGGCUGCCUUAUAG